UCAGAUUUGUAGGCGUCAUAAGAUUGUUGGUAAUUCUUUCAGUUGUCGUGCGUUCGAGGCGUUUGAUAAGGAUUUGAUCGUAAUUUAGUUAUAUAAGUGGGAAUUUCAUUUUAUAAUAUAGCCUUUUUUGAGCUGAAGACAUUCGUUGCUGAAACAUCAUGCGUACUACAAAAAUUUAUGUUGGGAACUUGCCUGAAAAUGCUGAUAAUGCAGAGUUGCAAGAGAUGUUUGAGAAAUAUGGAGAUGUAAAAGAAUGUGAUAUAGUAAAAAAUUAUGCAUUUGUGCAUAUGGCUUCAGAAGAAGAAGCAAAAGCUGCUAUUGAAGCAUUGAAUAAUAUUGAUUUCAUGGGCUCAAAGAUAUCUGUAGAAAUAUCUCACAGUAAAGUCCGACAGAGGCCUGGAAUGGGAGGAAAAGGUCAGUGUUAUAGAUGUGGACGUCAAGGCCAUUGGUCGAAAGAAUGCCCAAGAAAUCCUGCUGUACGUAUGAAUAAUGCAGGCCCUCCUGUCGGUUAUCCUACUGGUGGAUAUGGCGAAAGGUUCCCACGUUUUGGAAUGGAUAGAUCGUAUGGUGCCGACAGGUCUUUUGGAGGAGAACGUAGUUUUGUCGAUCGCAUGCGACCCUAUCCUGAUCCCUAUGAAAGACGUCCGCCUAUGUCAGCACCUCAGCAAGAUAAUUAUAUGUAUUACAGGCGACCUUAUGAAGGUUAUGGAUAUACAAGACGAUCUCCGCCGUCUGUUCCCCAGAUUCCAAGCAGAUACGACUUCACUCAAGAUCCAUAUGGUUAUUAGUAAACAUAAGAAAUACCAACAUGUUCACCAUAGUAUCAUCAGUGGAUGCAGUCAUUUGGAAAAGAAGUUUGAAAUUGUCGUACUUCUUACUUGCUUUUAAAACAUUUUGCAAUAGAAUUUAAGUGCCACAUGUUAAGAAGAAACUUCAACUAUUUAAAAGAACUGAACCUGUGUUUUUGCGUGACAGUUUUCAAAAGAGAAACCUCAAGAAUUUGAAGAGAGAUGGGGGAAAAACAUUCCAGUUACUGACAUUGUAAAAUUCAAUUAUUUCUCAAAAUUAACUUGUGCUUCAUCCAAACUAAGAUGAAAAAUCUGUUUUAAAUGACUUGAAUGAAAUGCCUUUUGAUGAACACCAUAUUAAAUUGCUGUAAAAAGUUAAUGAAUUUCACAAUAAAGUUAUCAGUUUUUUUUAUUAUUAGAGAA